AACCGUACUGCUACUACGCACUCUCUCCUUCUCUCCCGUUUAUUUUCAGUCUGCCUUUUUUCUCUCUUUUACAUCUACCGUCGCGCCUUUAUCCUUCCAAAAUUUUCCUUGCCUGUCCUUGUCAAUCUCUCUCAUCAUUUCCUCUCUCUGUCCCCAACUUGCGCCGAAGACAAUUACUCUUUCGUUCUCUAGUUGCAUCAGCAGCAAAAAGCAGAGGCUUGUAACCUGUCGCCGGGGGCGUCGUUCCAAAUGUUGAGAAGAUCAGUCUCCUCCUCCUCCUCCUACGAGCUUAUUACUUUCUUGGUCUUUACUCUUUUUUGCUUGGCUUCGUUUUCACUGUCUCAGCAACAACAACUCAUUGAGUCGGAUCGCUUCGACGACGACGUGAACGCCACCGUCUCUAAUGCCUCCUCUAUAACUAAACCGAAGGACGGCACCUUUGCCGCCAUCAUUGAUCGAGCUCUCGAGAAGGAGUUCACCGAGAACGAACAAAACGAAGUAAAUGAUGAUGCUGGAAGUUUCAACAACAGUGUGGCAGAACAGCAGGCUGUUUUGGAAACUGUAGCCAGGGUUAAGACAAAGAAAAAUGAUACAAAAGAGGAAACAUCAUUUCAACUUCAUGAUGUUUUCAAUCUAGAGAAUGAUAACAGAGCAGAAGAUACACCUAUGUUGAUCGAUCGAAAGGACAACGUCUUCAUUAUAUCUAAUUUUAAAUCAAAAUUUCCAGUCUUACAGCUUGACUUAAGACUGAUAUCAGAUUUAGUAGUUGUCAUCGUGUCUGCAACUUGCGGUGGCAUUGCAUUUGCUUGUGCUGGACAACCGGUGAUUACUGGAUAUUUGUUGGCAGGAUCACUCAUUGGACCUGGGGGUUUUAGCUUUGUCAGUGAAAUGGUGCAAGUUGAAACAGUAGCUCAAUUUGGUGUGAUUUUUCUUCUUUUUGCAUUGGGCCUAGAGUUCUCCAUUGCAAAGCUUCGAGUUGUACGAGCAGUUGCUGUCGUAGGAGGGCUACUCCAGAUAAUUCUAUUUAUGUGCCUCUGUGGAAUUUCAGCCUCAUUAUGUGGUGGUAGACUUUCAGAGGGUGUAUUUGUUGGUGUAUUCCUUUCAAUGUCUUCAACCGCUGUGGUGCUUAAAUUUUUGAUGGAGAAGAAUUCUACCAAUAUGCUUCAUGGCCAAGUCACCAUUGGCACUCUUAUUCUGCAGGAUUGUGCUGUGGGAUUGCUAUUUGCGUUGCUUCCAGUUCUUGGUGGAACUUCUGGUGUUUUUCAAGGAGUAAUAUCGAUGACUAAAUUGUUGGUCAUGUUGGUUGCAUUUUUGGCUGUUUUGUCAAUAUUGUCUCGUACCUGCCUUCCUUGGUUGCUUAGACUGAUGAUAAGCCUUUCAUCACAGACCAAUGAACUUUAUCAACUGGCAUCUGUGGCAUUCUGCUUACUUGUUGCCUGGUGUAGUGACAAGCUGGGGCUGAGCUUAGAAUUGGGUUCAUUUGCUGCUGGAGUGAUGAUCUCAACAACUGAUCUUGCCCAACAUACGCUGGAACAAAUUGAACCCAUUCGCAAUUUUUUCGCUGCUCUCUUCCUUGCCAGUAUUGGGAUGCUGAUCCAUGUUCAUUUUCUCUGGAACCACGUUGAUAUCUUACUUGCAUCUGUUAUAUUGGUUAUCACAAUAAAAACAAUAAUAAUUGCCUUGGUUGUCAAGGGUUUUGGCUACAACAACAAGACUUCACUGCUUGUUGGAAUGUCUCUGGCACAGAUAGGAGAAUUUGCAUUUGUUCUUCUCAGUCGUGCUUCUAAUCUCCAUCUCGUCGAGGGGAAACUGUACCUGCUACUUCUUGGGACAACAGCACUUAGCCUGGUGACAACUCCUCUGCUGUUCAAGCUAAUACCUGCCAUACUACAUCUAGGGGUACUUUUACGAUGGUUCUCCCCGGAGAGAGAAAGUUCCAUUGAGGUAAUUACUAGUUUCAACUGUUGGUUUCAAAUUUCUACAGGUAACUCAAAUAAAUACCUUUUCCAGGUUGGAAUUAAAGCAGAUAGCCUCCGUUCUGACAGUGGAAAGCAUCGCAUUGUUUUGAUGGCCCAAGAAUCUCAUGAUUCGUAAUUGUACCAUUUAAACCAACAGGGAAGAAAAAUCUCCAUUACCUGACAGGCAUUUUUCACCGUUGUCAGCUUUUGCCACAGUGCAGAUGAAAACUACUGAAUGAUCUCUUAAACAGAGCUCGUCCGGAAUUGUUUCUGAUUAUUUUAGGUCUACUAACCCCUACUACAUAGAUCGACAAAUUUAUUUGAGCCUCCUCAGAAAGCAACGGGGAUGGGAUAACCUAACCACUGAAAAGAGCUAACAGAUGAAGCAAUAUGCCUUGUAAUGAUUUUUCACAGCCAUUGGACUUGUUUGUUUUUAGUGUAAUCAUAGUUUUGGGCAUUUAAUUAGAAAUUUAUUGUAAUUAAUAGUUCUCGUACUAUUUUUAUUUUUAUUUUUUGAAUCUACGUUGUGGGAUUUUAAAUGUAUCAUACAAUAUAGUUGGAUGUAAGUUUCUCACAUUGAGCACAAAACCAUCUGGAGCGUUAGCUCUGUAUCAACUGAUUAUUUUAUUCCCCGC